GGGGCGGUGGAGGGAGUGGGGCAGCCUGGGAGGAGGUGGAGGUGGGGGAGAUCCCGAGCCGGGGGCGGGGCCUGUAGUCCUGGCCCUGCAAAGGCCUCCUGCUCCUGGGGGCUGGACAGGGCGGGGCUAGGAGGACCAGAAAGGCUCGCAGAGGGUUGUCGGGAAGCUUCCUGCCCUUCGGGCCGUCCUCCCUUCCCUCGGACCGCUGAUUAGUUUGUCUUCUGGAAGCCAGAACCGUGUGUGCGUUUCCCAGGCUUCCAGUUGGCAGAGAAUACGUGAUCUCUUAUUGAAGCAAAGACAAGCCCCUUGGAUACUGGACCAAGAAGAUCUGAGGAGCUGCUCUCCAGAACAAGAGAUCAGCAUUGAAAUGAAGGACACUACUAAGGAGAUAAGCCUUUCUGUGGUAGAACCUCACAGUCCACCAUCCAUAAAUCCCUGUGACUUCACUUGGAGAGAAAUCUGUGUUACACAAGAGAAAAUUCAGACUGCCAAGAAAUCUUAUGAAUGUAACCAGUGUGGAAAGGGUUUUAGAAAAAAGGGAGCUCUUACUGUACAUCAGAGAAUCCACACGGGAGAGAAACCUUUUGCAUGUAACCAUUGUGUAAAGGCUUUUAGAAGCAAGGGAGCUCUUACUGUACAUCAGAGAAUCCACACCGGAGAGAAACCUUAUGAAUGUAACUGCUGUGGACAGGCUUUUCGAAUCAAGGAUUAUCUUAUUGAACAUCAGAAAACCCACACUGGAGAAAAACUUUAUGAAUGUAACCACUGUGGAAAGGGUUUUAUAUGCAAAAAAUCUCUCACUCUACAUCAGAGAAUCCACCCUGGAGAGAAGCCUUAUAAAUGUAAGCAAUGUGGAGAAACUUUUAGAUUCAAGGGAAGUCUUUAUGAACAUCAGAAAAUCCACUCUGGAUGGAAAUUUUAUGAGUUGGUGACAUUCAGAGAUGUGGCUGUGAACUUCACCCAGGAGGAGUGGGGCUUCUUGGACCCUCCCCAGAAGGAGUUGUACAAGGAGGUCAUGUUGGAGAAUGCCCGGAAUGUGCUGUCCCUGGGGCUUCCAGUUCCCAGAGAAGAUGUGAUCUUGUAUUUUAAGCAAAGACAAGUACCCUGGAUGCUGGACCAAAAACGCCUGAGGAGCCGCUCUCCAGAGCCAGAGAUAAGCGUUGAAAUGAAGGACACUACUGAGGAGAAAAGCUUUUCUGUGGUAGAACCUCAAAGACCACCAUCCAUAAGUCCCUGUGACUCCAUUUGGAGAGAAAUCUGUGUUACGCAAGAGAAAAGUCAAACUGACAACAAACCUUAUAAAUGUAACCAAUGUGGAAAGGGUUUUCGAAAAAGGGGAACCCUUACAGUACAUCAGAAAAUCCACACGGGAGAGAAACCUUUUGCAUGUAACCAUUGUGGAAAAGGUUUUAGGAAAAAAGGAGCUCUUAUUGCACAUCAGAGAACCCACACUGGAGAGAAACCUUAUGAUUGUAACUACUGUGAGAAGGCUUUUACACAAAAGGGAGGUCUUAUUACACAUCAGAGAAUUCACACUGGAGAGAAACCUUAUGAGUGUAACCAGUGUGGAAAGGCUUUUAGGAGCAAGGGAAUUCUUAUUAGACAUGAGAAAAUCCACACUGCAGAGAAACCUUAUGAUUGUAACCAGUGUGGAAAGGCUUUUUGCAGCAAGGGAACUCUUAUUACACAUAAGAGAAUUCACACUGGAGAGAAACCUUAUGAGUGUAACCAGUGUGGAAAGACUUUUUGCAGCAAGGGAACUCUUACUAUACAUGAGAGAAUCCACAAUGGAGAGAAACCUUAUGAUUGUAACCACUGUGGAAAGGCUUUUAGAAGCAAGGGAAAUCUUACUUUACAUCAGAGAACCCACACUGGAGAGAAACCUUAUAAGUGUAACCACUGUGGAAAGGCUUUUAUCAGCAAGGGAGCUCUUAUUAGACAUGAGAGAAUCCACACUGGAGAGAAACCUUAUAAUUGUAACCACUGUGGAAAGGCUUUUAAACAAAAGAAAGAUCUUAUUGCACAUCAGAGAACCCACACUGGAGAGAAACCUUAUGAAUGUAAACACUGUGGAAAGUGUUUUAGAAGCAAGGGAGAUCUUACUGUACAUCAGAGAACACACACUGGAGAGAAACCUUAUGAGUGUAACCAGUGUGGAAAGGCUUUUAGAAGCAAGGGAGAUCUUAUUGUACAUCAGAGAAUCCACAAUGGAGAGAAACCUUAUGAAUGUAACCAGUGUGUAAAGGGUUUUAUUGUUAAGGGAAUUCUUGUUAGACAUCAGAGAAUCCACACUGGAGAGAAACCUUAUGAAUGUAACUAUUGUGGAAAGGCUUUUACAAGCAAGGGACAUCUUAUUAUACAUGAGAGAAUCCACACUGGAGAGAAACCUUAUGAAUGUAACCACUGUGGAAAGGCUUUUAAAUGCAAGGGAGACCUUAUUAUACAUCAGAGAAUCCACACUGGGGAGAAACCUUAUGAUUGUAACCACUGUGGAAAGGCUUUUAGAAGCAAGGGAGAUCUUACUGUACAUGAGAGAAUCCACACUGGAGAGAAACCUUAUGAAUGUAAUCAGUGUGGAAAGGCUUUUAGAAGCAAGGGAGAUCUUACUGUACAUGAGAGAAUCCACACUGGAGAGAAACCUUGUGAUUGUAACCAGUGUGGAAAGGCUUUUACAUGAAAGGAUUGAUUUAUUAUCCAUAGGAGAAUCCACACUGAGGAAAAUCCUUAUGAAUGUAACCAAUGCUGAAACUUUUAGAUUCAAGUGAAGUCUUUGUGGACAUCAGAAAAUUCACACUGGAGGGAAAUCUUAUGUACAUAAUAAAUAUGGAAAGGGUUUUGUAGAAAAAUCCUGAUGGGUCCUUGCCAGAUUUUUCAAUAAAUGUAAAGCCAUUAAAAUAAGGAGGAAAAUGAAUUUGGGAGAGGUCAACCAGAUCCCUUUUAUGAGAUGGGCUUUCUCUUCAUGGCUCAUAGGGCUUUGUGCUUCUGAACUGAAUUGUUCAGUGUAACUGCUACUGGCUUUGGAGUCAGAAACCAUGGGAAUUUUUGUUUUGUUAUGUUUUUCUGUAGAUGAUCUCUGAAUUCUUUCCUUUAUAUUUUCAGUUUUUCUCUGUUUCUCUGCCUGCUUUGCUUGAAUUGUUUUCAUCCUUGAGUCCCAUUUUUCCUCCAGUUAUGUGUUUCCAGGAGAUCCAUGAUCCUUAGGGUUGCUGUCUUAGAAUAAAAUGCACUUUAUUUCAGCAAGGGGCCAAUGUUUUUGAAUGUUUUUGUUUUUUACUUCACUUCUAGGCUGCCCUUUCCUUUAUGAGUACUUCCAGUCCCUCACUAUUUUCUUUCUUUUUUUUUUUUUCUUUCAGGAGAUUUGCCAUGGCAAAUUCUAAGAUUUCUAUUCCCUUGGCCUGGUCAUUUUGUUUCUUGUUUAGAAGAUGAGAUAAAUAAGUCUUUUACUUCUAGUUUUCUCAGAGAUUAAUUCAUCUGUUAUACUUUAAUCUCAAUCUACAUUUCUUCAUUCCCCCUUUCCCUUUAAAUCUUUUGGUAGAUUCCCCUUGUUCUCUUGCCCUUUAGCUAGUCCAGUUCAUUGGUUUUUAGAUUUCCUCCAUUUUUCUUCCCCUUUCCCAUAAGGAUUUCUUUCCUCCUCACUCUCCAUCUUCCCUUUCUGCCUUGCCUAGAUUCUCAUGCUCUCAUCCCUUUCUUCCUGUAGUCUCUCUCUUUUCCCCUUACACUUCCUAGAGGCAAAGCCCCCAAGGUGACCCUUCUGAGCUCUGUGCUGUAGAUCAUUUCUGCCAUUACUUCUAGGCCAGUCCCACAGAUUGCUCCUUUCCAUGGUGUCUUCCUUUCAGAAUGCUGUGGGUCACUACAGGGUCAGAGAGAACGCCGCUCCAUUGUGGGGAAUUUUGCCCCCUGAUAUUUACCAUUUCUUUCUCCCUUUAAUUUUCUUCAGCAUUCUCCUUGAAAUCCCAACCCUGACUUCAUGCUCUCCUUCCCCUCUCAGUGCUAGUUCCCCCUAGGAGUGCAGCUCCCUCUAACUAAAAGACAAGUAGCCUUUUCAGGCACCAAAUCCCCAAAAUUCAGGGUGAUGUCUCUUAUUUCCUAUAAGAAUAUCCAUCAAUCCCUCAAAGUCUGGCCCCUUCCUCUCUCCAUCUUCUCAAAUUUUCCAGCUUCCUGCCUGACCCCUCAGGUGGUCUUCUCUUUUCAAGCCCAUGGAAGUCAAUCCCACAUUUUCUUGAAUGUUCUCCAACCUUUUACAUUCCUGGUGACUCUGUCCUCCGGGUCCUCUCUUCUCUUAAGUUUUUAGAACUCUGUUCUCUCCUGGAUUUCCCCUUCCUAUCUGACCACUUCUCUGUCUUCUUACUCAGGCCCCUUUUACCACAGAAUGCCCCAUUUUUGUCCCCUCUGCAGGGUAAGUCACCUUGGGCCUAUCUCAGCUCCAGUGCUCUCUGCAAUCCAUUGUUCCAUCCCUUACCCUUAUGUCCUUGGUUUGCAUUGGUCUGGCAUUAUUCCAGUCAGUCAGCUCCAGGGCUUGUGAAGGUCUUUCUCCUCAAGGCUGGUAGAACUUUGUGCUUCUGAAUUGAAUUGUUUAAGGUGACGACUACCAGCCUGGCAGUUUGUAGCCAUGGGUUUUGUUUUUGGAUCUCGGGUUUGGGUUUUGGAACACUGUGGGUGGGGAUUCCUUCCAUUGCACUUUCGUUUUCUUGUCCAGAAGUGACUAGUUCUCUUUGGCCAUUUCCUUCAUGAGCAUGUCUAUUAUUUUUAACCAGUGUCCUUCCCUGAGAGCGCCCAUCCUUUGCUUUUCUAUGUCUCUGCAGUGUAUUUCCCUUCAGCAAGGGCAGAUUUUUUGACUUUAAUUUUAUUUACUUCAUUUCCUCUGGGCUGUCCUUCACUUUGGUAUAUUUUUAUUCCCUGUCUAUUCUCUCUUCUCUUUCUUUGGAAAGAGUUAUCAUGCCAGAAUUUCAGUAUUCUAUUCCUGCAUCUUGGGAAUGAUCAAAAGAAAUCCCGAAGUCCAAGAAAUAUGGAAAGAGGUCUGGCUGGGAAGGAGCCUCUUGAUUCAGGGACGUGUGGAGAGCCCAGUCAGAAAAGUCCCAAAUGAGUAGAGCCAGUAAAUAAUGAGGAGAUACUUGGGCUUCCUCCUUCAGAGAAGGUUGGGAUUCCAUUAGCUCCUACCUCAUAUUAGUAAAAGGAUGCUGUAGGAGGCUUGUGAAGGAAAUGGGUCUGCAAUAUCUUCUCUUGGGUGUGAGUUAAGGACUCAAUCACACAUGAGAUGUCCAUCAGGACAAAGACUGCCUGACUUUACUGAAAAGCCACCCUAUGGAUGAAGAACGUAUCAAGGCACCCUAGAGAAAAGGAAAGAUUCAGUCAUCCAUGGGAAUCCCCAAAAGUGUAAAAGAGCAAUAAAUUCCUCAGUUGUUCAGAAGUGAAAAAA